UCUCGAUGGGUAGCAUGAAUUGUCAGAACACCUGUCUUGCGUCCUCUCGUCCUCGGGAGUUCGUUCUCCUGAGUCGUACUUGGCAAGUCUGAACCACAAAGGACGCAAGUCCGAACUUUGUUUGCGUACUUGGUAUUGAGAAACGGCUGCAUGCUUCCGUAUUCUAAAAUUACCAAGGCAGUCUAUGGGAGUGUCGGUCGUAACCCAACGGCUUUGGUGUUUCCUAGAACAUUGAAUGAUUGACAUAGUUUCUGUACAUUUCAAAACGUAUUAACUGAAACGGAUCUACCAGCUGCAACAUGAGAUUACUUGCGUUCAUUUUCGUGGCGGUCACUCUGGUGGUGUCUGACGGUUUUUUAGUGAAAGGUCCCUCCGGUCCUCUGGUUGUUGCUCUGGGAUCUUCAGUGGUUUUGCCCUGUUACGUUGAUGAACCCUUACCAUUGAAAGCACUGAAGAUUAUUUGGAUACGCACAGAUAUUAAUACACUUGUGCAUGUGUACCAAGAUUAUGAGAGUCGACCAGACGCCCAGUAUCAGGAUUAUCAUGGCAGAGCUCAUUUCUUCACUGAUCAGAUCAAACAUGGAAACUUUUCCCUGCGUCUGGAAAACGUGAGAGCUGAAGAUAAGGGUUUUUACAGAUGUAAGGUUUACACUGAGCAGGAAUUUGAUGAAACCUUGGUGCAAAUUAAAGAAAUUGAGUAUCUGAGUGUAUCAGGAUCAGCUGAUCCCGUAUCUGCAUUUGUGGGUGAAGACGUCACUCUGAACUGCUAUGUACACUCUCACAUCACACCUGAACACAUUGAACAGGUCUCAUGGAGGAAGACGGAUGAAGAUGAAAACAUCCAAGUUCUACUCUUGCAAAGAAAUAAAAUUCAGCCAGAUUCAUCAGAUGAGCGAUACAGAGACAGAGUUGGAUUCUUUACUGAUGAACUGCCCAAAGGAAACUUCUCUCUCAGUCUGAAAAGAACAAGACAUGGGGACAAAGGAGUUUACAUGUGUCAUGUGAAGACUGGACAUUUGUCCCAAAAUACAACCGCUGUACUGGAGCGACUCGGUUUCUCUGUUUUACACACAACAAUCUUGGCUCUCUGUAUUUCUGCAUCUGGAUCAGCUCUGCUGCUCUCUCUAAUCUACUGCAUAUUACAAGAUAACGUGACAGCCCCAUAUCUCAACAUUUGUCUCAACUUUCUUCCAAACAUUAUGAUGUUUGUGGCUCUUCUCCUCUGGGGUAUUUCUAAUGGUUUCCUGCAUGAGACUGUUGCUUGCUCUGCUCUAUUUUUACUGAGGCCUAUCAUGCUGUUCAGAGCUCGACCACAUUUAAAAAGAUCUUGUGUGAUCAAUCAUAAAUGGAUGAAUUAUGGAGUUUGGAGUUUUAUUGAAUACAGUGUUUUUACUGCUGUUGUCUAUUCAGUUAUUUCACCAUAUAGUCUGGACAGUCAGCAAUUUACUAUUUAUUUUAAAUGCUUGACGACAUCAAGUACCUUUAUCUUGCUGAUUCUGUUUGCUUGCUUAAAGUUACAGUAG